GAGCAGCCCGUCGACGGUAUUUUAUUUUAAAAAGGUUUUUUAAAAAAAUAAAAUCCCAUUCGUUUAAAUUAUAUGUCCACACGUGGAAUGCUCAAAAAAAAAGGGAACGGGAAAUAUUUUUAAUUAAACGUACUUGGCGUCCCCCUUCCGAAAUCUCGCGCGCUCUCGGGAGGCGCAUGCGCACCGUGGUGCUGCCGCGCGGGGUGAUUUUCUUCGGCGUCUCUAUGGCCCUCCUGAAGCCCUUUCCGCUUCCUGUCCCGCCUAUGAGGGGGUUUUCCGCUUCCGGGUUGAGUCGCUGGCUGAGGAGAGGCCGAAGAAGGAGUGUCUGACUUUCGGUGGAAGUGGGACCAGAGCUCCUUCGUGGAUGAACAGUAACCGCCCUGUUUCGUUCUCCUAAGCCAUGGCCUACCAGCUGUAUAGAAACACCACGCUGGGGAACAGUCUUCAAGAGAGCCUGGAUGAGCUCAUACAGUCUCAGCAAAUCACCCCUCAGCUUGCCUUGCAAGUGCUGCUUCAGUUUGACAAAGCUAUCAACUCCGCCUUGGCACAGCGGGUCAGGAACAGAGUCAAUUUCAGGGGCUCACUGAACACGUACAGAUUUUGUGACAAUGUCUGGACGUUUGUACUGAAUGAUGUCGAAUUCAGAGAAGUCACAGAGCUGGUGAAAGUGGAUAAAGUGAAGAUCGUAGCCUGCGAUGGAAAAAAUACCGGUUCCAACGCAGCCGAGUGAAGAGGAAAGCAGGCAUCCAUGGCAGCGUUGUCUUGUUGGGCCGCGCUUCCUGGAAAAGCGCGCGGCCGGGGGACUGUGUCAGUGACACUUUUAAUGACGGCAGACAUGAGUGAUCCACGCGGGAGUGCCUGGCGGAACUGUGCAGCAAGAUCUCCGUAGAGCAUCUUCUCUGAGUUCACCUCCCAGGGGGCACAAAGACAACAAAUCUUUGCUUUUUUUUAAAACAAUAAGGAUGAAACUCGGUUUCUGGUUCAUCAAGGUAACUUCUCCAAUAAACCUUUUAUUUAAAAGCGA